AUACUAGAAAGUGAACUCAGAAUGCCCUUCAAUACUGCUCUUACCCGUAAACUCGGGAUCAAAGUUCCGGUCGUCCAAGGAGGUAUGAUGUGGGUGGGUUAUGCAGAGCUCGCCAGUGCCGUCUCGAAUGCAGGAGGCUUGGGUAUCUUGACUGCCCUUACCCAACCCACACCUGAAGACUUGAGNAAAAUGACCUCCAAGCCUUUUGGUGUGAACCUGACUCUGCUACCCGCCCUCCAGCCUCCGGACUACCCUGCCUACGCCCGUGUUAUUAUAGAAGAAGGCAUCCGAAUCGUCGAGACAGCAGGCAACAACCCUGCACCCGUCAUCAAACAACUCAAAGCCGCAGACCCUCCCAUCAUCAUUCUACACAAAUGUACUACCGUACGUCACGCCUUGUCCGCCAUAAAACUUGGAGUCGACUUCCUUAGCAUCGACGGCAUGGAAUGUGCUGGACACGUUGGAGAANNAACGGACAUCACAAACUUCAUCUUGCUCUCCAGAGCUCGUCAAGAACUCAACGUUCCAUUCAUCGCCUCGGGCGGAUUUGCCGAUGGCCAGGGUCUUGCUGCUGCGCUCUCGCUUGGAGCCGAGGGUAUCAACAUGGGCACGAGAUUCAUGUGCACGGUCGAAGCCCCCAUCCACCAAAACAUCAAGGAGUCGAUCGUCAAGGCUCAAGAGACGGACACCGAGCUCGUCUUGAGACGAUGGAAGAACACCAGCAGAAUGUUCUCGAACAAGGUUGCGAGAGAUGCCAUCAAGAUCGAAAGAGAAAGUCCGACCGGCAAGUUCGAAGAGGUCGCUCCAUACGUCAGUGGCAAGCGAGGCAGAGAGGUCUUCUUGAAUGGAGACCCAGAGCAUGGAGUGUGGACCGCCGGCCAGGUCAUAGGGUUGAUUCACGAUAUCCCGACAUGUGCAGAUCUGAUUACACGUAUCGAGCGCGAAGCCUUGGACACCAUCAACAAGGCAAAGUCGUUAUAUGUUGAUGAACUCCCCGAGAGCGAUAUGGAAGGAAAGCCGAUUCAAGAUCUUUCGGCCAACCCGAAGAGCGAGCACGGCACCGUGGGAUCAAACGAGAACAAUCCCGAGGCUCAGCUAUGGGGAAUCGGCAAGAGCAAACUCUAG